AUGACGAAAAAACUGUGUUUGAGGAUUGAAUGGCUGCCUCACGAUGUGGUAGAGCACAUCCUCGAGAGAGUUCCUGUAAACUCUCUGGUGAGAUUCAAAGCUGUAUCGAAGCAGUGGAAAUCAACUAUCGAAUGCCGUAUAUUCCAAGAAAGGCAGUUGAAGCAUCGCCAGCAAUCAGGAGAUCCAGAUGUUCUCAUGGUGUCCGUAUAUCAUUACAAGGAUGGUUGUAGUGACCCGGACAUGGAACCCUCGGCAAUAGAGUCUCUAAGAACACUACCGUUGGGGUCAUCAUCAUCGGUCAAGAUCCUUACUCCUUGGGAGAACACAUAUUACUUUGUUUCUCGGACUAGUUGUGACGGUCUCGUUUGUCUCUACUAUCCCCUCCGCACCGGUUUUGUGGUCAAUCCCACCACUAGAUGGCAUCAAGUUCUUCCUCUCUCCUACUAUCAACGAUUCACAAUCGAUGCAGGAGAAGAAGCUUAUUAUGACACUCGUGACCCUAUUGCUAGUCUUGGAUUCGGUAAAGACAAAUUCACGGGCACAUGCAAGCCCGUUUGGUUAUACAACUCUGCAGAUUUUGGCCUAAUAAACGAGACUACAUGCGAAGUUUUCGACUCUAGCAUCAACUCUUGGAGGUAUGUCAUUCCCUCUGCACCUUGUCGUGUUACUUACCAUGAUCCUGCUUAUGUAGAUGGUUCGCUUUAUUGGUUCACCGACUGCCUCGAAACCCAACUUUUAUCUUUUGAUCUUCACACAGAAGCUUUUCAAGUCAUCUGUAAAGCUCCUUUUGCCAAUGCAAGACCUUACAAGAUGUCCAUAGCCAACCUCAACAACCGCUUAUGCGUAUGCACCAAUAUGAAUUUUCCCAAAAACCCCAGCCAACGUAUAUGGUCGUUUAAUCCAGGGAACAAGACAUGGGACAAAAUAUAUACCAUAGAUUUGGAUCAAACUUUUGAGCUUGGUAUGAACAUUAAUUUCGCGCUCAUUCCACUAGCACUUUUUGAUGGGGAGAAGAAGAAGAAGAAGAAGAAGAAGAAGAAGAAGAAGAAGAAGACGAAGAAGAAGAAGAAGAAGAAGAAGAAGAAGAAGAAGAAGAAGAAGAAAGAGUUGGUGUAUUUUGGAAGACAUCCUAGUCAAACAUUGGCGAUACAUGAUCCCGAAACCAAUUCAUGUGCUGCUUUUUUCACUGCUGACUCCAUCGGAUUUCCUAUUUGUUAUUUUCAGAGUUUAAUCUCUUCUUUAUGAAUUUGAAUUAUUGUCCAUGCAUAAUUUAAUCUCUAUCCACUGUUAGCUUGCUA